AUGAAAAUGAAAGCUUCAGAGGAUCAGGUUGUGGAAGAAAAUACUAGUUGUCAAGAUGAUGAGGUAAGAUACUACACUAAACAAUACAUUAUACUUUCUAUGUACUGAAUUAUACCCUACUAUAUCAUCCCUCAGGAGUCCUCUCUAUUCUGUCCAAAUUAUUUAACCAGUCUCACAAAUAAGAUAUUGAUAUUACAUUAUUGAUAUUUUAAUUAAAACCACAAUUUAUGGAAAACUGGUAGUAAUUUUACAAAUUAUUAUGUGGAAAAAAGGGGCGGAGAGGUAUGCUAAGUUAAAAUUUAUGUCUUUGUUGCUAUCAAGUUUGAUCCUCAGCCAUUACUUCAUCAAGAUUUUUUUCCUUGCAAACCACACAGGAGUCCUUCUUCCAAGAUAUUGACCUCCUGCAAAAACACGGGAUUGUGAGUAAACUGCCCGUCUGAGUCUUAUUCUGAGUUUUUCUGUCAGAUCAGUGAAGUGGGAGCAUCUUUCUCAUGUACACACAGAACGUGGCAGACAUAAAAAAGAUGAAGUCAGUGGGUAUCUGCACUGUGAAAGGGAUUCAGAUGACAACUCGCAAGGCUCUGUGCAACAUCAAAGGCCUGUCGGAGGCAAAAGUGGAAAAAAUCAAGGAGGCUGCUGGGAAAAUGCUGGUAAAAGGACAUCAUCUUCCCUAAAAAUCAUGUUGUUCUUGACAGUUGUAUCCUGAAACUAACCCCCUGUCAAAAGUGAUAUCCAACAGCCUGUGGUAUGUGUUAGUCAGUUUUCUUUACAUUACAGAAUGUUGGUUUCCAGACUGCCUUCGAGUACAGUGCGAAGAGGAAACAGGUGUUCCACAUCACAACUGGGAGCCAAGAGUUUGAGUUAAGAUCUCUGACCUAUACUCUUAGUGUUACACACAGAUUGGAUAGAGAAUUAUUUAGGAAAAGGAACCUGUUAAAAUGUCCUUACUUCAUAUCGUAUGUUUCAACAUAUUUAUGUAUUUAUUUGCAGUAAACUUUUGGGUGGAGGUGUAGAAAGUAUGGCCAUCACAGAGGCCUUUGGAGGUAAGAUGUCUUAUGUUCAUUAAUAAUGUUUGAAUAUCACUCAUUUUAUUUGGGUGAAAAGCUGUCCUCAUUAUUUCAUCCCAUAGAGUUCCGCACAGGGAAAACACAGCUGUCUCACACACUUUGUGGUACGUCAAGAACCUUCUGAACAUGACUGUUUCUCUCCAGUAUCAUUCAAAACAAAAUCUUUCACUGUUUAAUGACUGAUUUUAUUUUGUUUGUGCAGUGACUGCUCAGCUUCCCGGAGAGGACGGCUAUUCCGGGGGGAAAAUCAUCUUCAUUGACACAGAGAACACCUUGUAUCCUCUCAAUGAUGUUAACACAAAACCACCACAAUCUAUGCAUUACCUCAUAGAAAACUUUGAUGUAGGUUAUUUUCAUUUCAUUCAUUUUUCAUUUAUGGGUACAGUCUGAAAUUUACCCCCCAAAGUGCCAAGAGUGUUUGCUUAGCUAGUAAAUCUCAGAGAGCUUUGUACCACAUGGUCAGUAUGGUUAUUAAUGCUCCUCUGUUAUCAUCCAUGUUAACUACACAGGAGCUACCUGAAAAAUUAACAUGCACCCCAACUAUACCACUGUCUUGCUGCAACAGUUAUAUUUAGUUCAAGGAUUUUCGGAUUAUAGUUUUAUUUUGUUGAUUUUUCAUGUCAUUCUGUUGCACAUUGUCUUUGACUCGUACCUGCCCGGUUCCAGUCGCCCGGACAGACUGAGAGACAUUGCCGACAGGUUCAACGUGGACCAUGAUGCUGUGCUUGACAACGUGCUUUAUGCCAGAGCGUACACCAGUAUGAACAUUCAGUAUACCAGGAAAAUCAAAAAUGACUCACUUUAAAGGUUGACAGAUUUUUUUGAGUCCUGUUUGUCCUUUAGGUGAACACCAGAUGGAGCUGUUGGACUUUGUAGCAGCGAAAUUUCACGAGGAGGGAGGGGUAUUUAAGCUGCUGGUGAAUAAAAUAAUCAGCUUUUAAAACAUGUUCCAUUUGGUGUAUUUGAUUUGGUUUAACUUCCAGCUCUUCUCAGCUGUUAAAGGAGAUAAAUGGUAACUUUAAUUUUUAAUUUUUUGCAUGAAAUGGGACUCCCCUGUAGUCAGAUUCACUUUUGUCUCUUCAGAUCAUUGACUCCAUCAUGGCUCUGUUCAGAGUGGACUUUUCCGGUCGAGGCGAGCUGGCUGAGCGUCAGCAGAAACUGGCUCAGAUGCUCUCCAGACUGCAGAAGAUCUCAGAAGGUCUGAACCGCGAGUGUCAGGAAUGCCACAAACAUCAUCCAUUUAGAUCCGUCCUAUUGUAUAUACAUAUAGCAUGUACAUUAACGAUGUAAGGAUUCAUGGAUGUGUGUGUUUUUUUAGAGUACAAUGUAGCUGUGUUCAUCACCAACCAAAUGACAGCAGAUCCUGGAGCGGGAAUGACGUAAGAGAUAUAUAAUUCUGUGAACAUGGGUGAAGCACAUAUAUUUAUGUGAGGGGUCAAAAAGCCUCUUAUUGUUACUGACGAACUUGAGCAAUACACAUAUUUUAAUUUCUGCCUCUUUUUAAGGUUUCAAGCUGAUCCUAAGAAGCCAAUUGGAGGGCAUAUCCUAGCCCACGCCUCCACCACUCGGAUCAGCUUGAGGAAGGGACGUGGAGAGAUGAGAAUAGCCAAGAUAUUUGACAGGUACUUUACAGGUUCUUUUUGUGAAGUUAACACAUUUUUUUCUUCUUUUUUAAAACUGUGAACCCAUCAUCCAAUUCUAAAAUUGCAUAAUCUAAAAUAAGAAUUGUCAGCGAUUAAAAUCCUCCCAGUCAGAUAUCUUAAUGCUUCAGAAUGUCAGCUGCAAGUGACAGAGUUUUGCUCUUUGGUACCAUCUUGCAAGAUCAAAUAAGCAACAUUUCAAAUCAGUGUUAAGUUCAGUUCUCAAACAGAUGAUGUGGUAUCAUGUGGUUUUGUUUUAACUUAUUGAUGGGGUGUUAUAAUCAUAUUAAGACUUUAAGAUGAAUGUUAAUAUCAUUUGGGACUCACGCUUGAUCCCUUAAUAUCUGUCUUGUCUAUUAUUCUGUAGUCCUGACAUGCCUGAGAACGAGGCCACUUUUGCCAUUUCUGCUGGAGGAGUUACUGAUGCCAAGGAGUAAAAAACCGAAGAAGGA